CAUCCUUCAUAAAUGCUUGACGUGGAAGCAGAAUCAAACUAAUUUUUUAUUCAUUAAAAUAAAACCAGAGAAUCAAACGGUUCAGAUUCACUUUAUAUUUUUCCCCAAUUCCAAUUUCUUGUUCAUAAUCAAAAUAUCUCUUCUUCACUCCACUCUCCAUACACGAUGUUGGGGAAAAGGGGCCGUCCACCGAUGAGGAGGACAACAAGCAUGACAGGGAUCACCGUUGAUCUAGGUACUGCAACUGAAUCGGAGCCGUCUGAUUGUAAUAAGCCUAAAAUUAUGGUUGAUGAGAUCAUUAAGAGUUCGGAAGGAAUAAUCAUUAAUUCUGUGCCGGCGAUGGUGUCGCCGAGAUACCAACGGAGAAUCUCCGGCGAAGGUUUUGAAAGAGAAAGGGCUAAUUUCCUGAGAAUUUGUGGCCUUUGUAACCGCCGAUUGAUUAAUGGACGAGAUAUCUACAUGUACAGGGGUGAUACAGCAUUUUGUAGUAUGGAGUGUAGAGAAGAACAAAUGCAGCAAGAUGAAAGAAAUGACAAGUCUAAUAUCAAGCCAGAAAAUCAUCACAAUCACUCUGAAUUUCGUUCUGCUAAAUCUGAAACUUCCAGCAAUAACGACACCAUUGCAGCAGCUUGAAGAACACACACAAAAUGAAAGAGAAUAGGCAUGCACAGUAGUGAUGUGAGUUUUACUGGGUUGGGGACAUUCGUGUAAAAUUUUAACUAUGUAUUCGUAUUUUACACAAACUUACACUACGUGCCAUGGUUUGAGUGCCACAGUUCAAAUGCUACGUUGUAAGAUUGAAUCCCUCGUGUUUUUUUUUUUACUUCGUUCCUUUUUAUCUAUUUAUCUCUCUUUGCAUAA